CUGGUGAAUCAGGUCAGGCUCUAGGGCUGCCCUGAGGUCAGGAGGAGUAGCUUUCUGUCUGCACACCCUAUAGGUCUUUAGGACAGUCCAGAUCCAAAGUGUCAAUAGAUAGGAAGAGCGCAGAGAUAAGCCACAGGGCUCCCAACCUGCAGAGGCAACAGACGGGUCCUGAUUUUUCCGCACGUGAAGAUUUCCCAGUUCUGUUCCCCUUCACUGGGUGAAAAUGCUUCAACGCCAGGACACGAGGAGGUGGAGGAGGAGGGAAGAUGCCGUCCACCAGCUGCCCACCCAGGUCACGCGUGGCCUGGAGCAGGACUCUUCGCCUGCAGGACCUGCUUCUCCUUCGCUCCACCGUGGGACCAGCAAUGCCUGUCUGCCCUGAAGGAUUAUUUUGGGAUCAGCAUUUGUAAGGCCGGGAGGGAGAAGGCAGAAAGUAAAGAGCUGUCUGUGUUCAGAGAAGAGGAUGGAAGAGUGGGAUGAAGAGGAAAUCUUAAGAGAAAUUUAUGAUUGAUGCCUAAUAGUAAAGCAGAUAUGGGACUCCCGGGUGCCAGGAAAAGGAGAGGUGGUAGAUGCCCCAUCCCUGGAAACAUUCUAUGAAAUUACUGCAGGCAAAGAAUCUGAGCUGGGCUCUGGAAACGAAGCCGACCUGCCCCGCUGCUCUCGGCGGGGAGCCUGCAAGCCUGCACCUCCACCUGCUGGGCUUGGACUUUGCCUUUGGCAGACAAAACAAUUUUUUGUGGAGAGCUGGGGGUGGAGGGGAAGAUUGCAGCAAAAACCCCUGACAUCAUUUAGUCUAAAUAAAUAUAAUGCAAUAAUGGGAGCAUUCUCAUAAAGGUGUCCCAGUGGCUUUCCAGAAAGGCAGGCUCCACCGGAACAUGGCUGCCUUCACCCCCCUCUUCAUCUGCGGCGUGUGCGCGUUGCUUUUAUCAGCUGCACUCUAUGUUUUUAAAGUUUUCAAGCAAUCAGCUUUAAAUUUGCCUCCUGGUCCGUUUCCUCUUCCCGUCGUCGGCAACCUGCAUUUGCUGGACAUGAGAAGACAAGACAAGUCGCUAAUGAAGAUUUCAGAGAAAUAUGGCCCCGUGUUCACCGUCCAUUUGGGGUUCCAGAGGGUGGUGGUGUUGACUGGCUACGAGGCAGUAAAGGACGCCCUUCUGAACACGGCGGAUGUGUUUGCGGACAGACCAGCCAUACCCAUAUUCUACCACAUCCAACACGGAAACGGUGUGUUCUUUUCUUCUCGAGAGCUCUGGAAGAAGACACGGCGGUUCACCGUAGCCACCAUGCGGGAUCUCGGCAUGGGGAAGCAUCUUGGAGAAGAAAGGAUGCUUGAGGAGCUUCAGUUUCUCAUUGAGUUGAUCAAAUCCUUCAAAGGUGGACCUUUCAAGUUACGGUUUUUGAAUAUGGCCCCCACCAACAUCACCUUUGCUAUUCUCUUUGGGAAGAGGUUUGAUUAUGAAGACCCGACGUAUCUCACUCUGUUAAGACUCAUAGAUGAAGUUAUGCACCUUCUUGGCUCUCCGUUCUUGCAUUUAUUUAAUUUCUACCCAUUCCUUGGAUUUCUCCUCAAACCUCACAAGGUGAUCCUGAAAAAAGUGGAAGAGGUGUGUGCGAUCUUAACGAAGUGCAUCAAGGAAAGCAAAGAAAGUCUUAAUAAAAACAACCUGAUGAGCUACAUCGAUGCAUUGGUAUUCAAACAAGAGGAGGAAAAUAAAAGCAAUACACUUUUUCAUGACGCGAAUGUAUUGGCCUCUGCGCUCGACCUGCUCAUGGCUGGCACGGAGACGACAUCCACGACGUUGCAGUGGGCCGUCUUGCUGCUGAUGAAGUACCCCGAGGUUCAAAACAAGGUGCACGCAGAGAUUGAGCAAGUUCUGGGCCCUGACUGCUUGCCUGCCUUUGAGGACCGGAAAAAAAUGCCGUUUACCAACGCGGUGAUCCACGAGGUGCAGAGGUUUGUCACCCUCCUGCCACACGUUCCACGGUGCACCUCUGUUGACACCCACUUUAAAGGCUACUUCAUCCCCAAGGGAACAACGGUGAUUCCUCUGCUCGCCUCCGUGCUGCUGGAUAAAACACAAUGGGAGACACCAGACGAGUUCAACCCCAACCAUUUCCUUGAUGUGGACGGGAACUUCGUAAAGAAGAAAGCGUUCCUGCCCUUCUCCACAGGGCGGAGAAACUGCAUCGGAGAAAGUCUCGCCACGAUGGAGCUCUUCAUCUUCUUCACAGGCUUGAUCCAGAAAUUUACAUUUAAGCCUCCACCUGGGGUCAAAGAAUCUGAGCUGGACACGACCGCAGAGGCUGGAUUCACCAUGAGACCCCAUCCGCAGUGUGCCUGCGCGGUGCUACGCCAAUAGGCCCAAGGCUCCGAACUGAGAAAAAUCCAGCUGAUUGUUUUGCGCAGGGCGUAGGAGAUGCACAAAGGAGAAAGCAGAUCCCUGUGCAGUAGCUACAAGUGUCGUCUUACUCAAAGCCUCGCAAGUACUGGCUACACGCUUAAAAUAUCUGUUGGACAAAUAUUUUUCUUCUUAGAAAAGAAAAAGAAAAGCUCCUCCUUAGAAAGCAGAGGAGGGCUGGUGGGUGAGGUUACCUGGAAAAUUCCAGCCACAUGCGUGACUAGAAAUGACAGGACAGCCACUACUUUACACAUCAAAUAUACAACAUAAGAAAGUUAUUCUAGUUCUGAGUUUCUGGGAGGUGAUGGUUCUCAGGAGCACGUCGUUUCUUCACUUGGAGACCAAUACUAGAUACGAAUGUUAUGUAUUCUCUAAUCCCUGCUCUUUACCCAUUCCCUACUGCACACGGAAUAAAUUAUUCCCAAAU